AUGGCCCGCUUCGGAGACGAGAUGCCGGCCCGCUACGGGGGAGGAGGCUCCGGGGCAGCCGCCGGGGUGGUCGUGGGCGCCGGAGGCGGGCGAGGAGCCGGGGGCAGCCGGCAGGGCGGGCAGCCCGGGGCGCAAAGGAUGUACAAGCAGUCAAUGGCGCAGAGAGCGCGGACCAUGGCCCUCUACAACCCCAUCCCCGUCCGACAGAACUGCCUCACGGUCAACCGGUCUCUGUUCCUCUUCAGCGAGGACAACGUGGUGAGAAAAUACGCCAAAAAGAUCACCGAAUGGCCUCCCUUUGAAUAUAUGAUUUUAGCCACCAUCAUAGCAAACUGCAUCGUCCUCGCCCUGGAGCAGCACCUACCUGAUGAUGACAAGACCCCCAUGUCUGAACGAUUGGAUGACACAGAACCGUACUUCAUUGGAAUUUUUUGUUUUGAGGCUGGCAUUAAAAUCAUCGCCCUCGGGUUUGCCUUCCACAAAGGCUCUUACUUGAGGAAUGGUUGGAACGUGAUGGACUUCGUUGUGGUGCUAACAGGCAUCUUGGCAACAGUUGGGACGGAGUUUGACCUGCGGACACUAAGGGCGGUUCGAGUGCUGCGGCCUCUCAAGCUGGUGUCUGGGAUCCCAAGUUUACAAGUCGUCCUGAAGUCGAUCAUGAAGGCGAUGAUCCCCUUGCUGCAGAUCGGCCUUCUCCUAUUUUUUGCAAUCCUUAUUUUUGCAAUCAUAGGGUUAGAAUUUUAUAUGGGGAAAUUUCAUACCACCUGCUUUGAAGAGGGGACAGAUGACAUUCAGGGUGAGUCUCCAGCUCCGUGUGGGACAGAGGAACCCGCCCGCACCUGCCCCAAUGGGACCAAAUGUCAGCCCUACUGGGAAGGGCCCAACAAUGGGAUCACUCAGUUCGACAACAUCCUGUUUGCAGUACUGACUGUUUUCCAGUGCAUCACCAUGGAAGGGUGGACUGACCUCCUCUACAAUAGCAACGAUGCCUCAGGGAACACUUGGAACUGGUUGUACUUCAUCCCUCUCAUCAUCAUUGGCUCCUUUUUUAUGCUGAACCUCGUGCUGGGUGUGCUGUCAGGAGAGUUUGCCAAAGAAAGAGAGCGGGUGGAAAACCGGCGGGCUUUUCUGAAGCUGAGGCGGCAGCAACAGAUCGAACGAGAGCUCAAUGGGUACAUGGAGUGGAUCUCAAAAGCAGAAGAGGUGAUCCUCGCCGAGGAUGAAACCGACGGGGAGCAGAGGCACCCCUUUGAUGCUCUGCGGAGAGCCACCAUAAAGAAAAGCAAGACAGACCUGCUCAACCCCGAGGAGGCCGAGAGUCAGCUCGCCGAUAUCGCCUCUGUGGGGUCUCCCUUUGCCCGAGCCAGCAUUAAAAACUAUGCAGAAUUCAUUUUCUUAGGACUCUUUAUGUCCGAAAUGUUUAUAAAAAUGUACGGGCUUGGGACACGGCCUUACUUCCACUCUUCCUUCAACUGCUUUGACUGUGGGGUCAUCAUCGGAAGCAUCUUUGAGGUCAUCUGGGCCGUCAUAAAACCUGGCACAUCCUUUGGAAUCAGCGUGUUACGAGCCCUCAGGUUAUUGCGUAUUUUCAAAGUCACAAAGUACUGGGCAUCUCUCAGGAACCUGGUGGUCUCUCUUCUCAACUCCAUGAAAUCCAUCAUCAGCCUGCUGUUCCUCCUUUUCCUGUUCAUCGUCGUCUUUGCACUUUUGGGAAUGCAGCUUUUUGGCGGCCAGUUUAAUUUCGACGAAGGGACUCCUCCUACCAACUUCGACACUUUUCCAGCAGCAAUAAUGACAGUGUUUCAGAUCCUGACCGGUGAGGACUGGAACGAGGUCAUGUACGACGGCAUCAAAUCUCAGGGCGGCGUGCAGGGCGGCAUGGUGUUCUCCAUCUAUUUCAUCGUGCUGACACUCUUCGGGAACUACACCCUCCUGAACGUGUUCCUGGCCAUCGCGGUGGAUAAUUUGGCCAAUGCUCAGGAGCUCACCAAGGAUGAACAAGAAGAAGAAGAGGCAGCCAACCAGAAACUCGCCCUCCAGAAAGCCAAGGAGGUGGCAGAAGUGAGUCCUCUGUCCGCGGCCAGCAUGUCCAUAGCUGUGAAGGAGCAACAGAAGAACCAGAAGCCAGCCAAGUCCGUGUGGGAGCAGCGGACCAGCGAGAUGCGCAAGCAGAACCUGCUGGCCAGCCGGGAGGCCCUGUACAACGAGAUGGACCCGGAUGAGCGCUGGAAGGCCACCUAUGCCCGGCACCUGCGGCCGGACAUGAAGACCCACCUGGACCGGCCACUGGUGGUUGAUCCCCAGGAGAACCGCAACAAUAACACCAACAAGAGCCGGGCGGCCGAGCCCACGGUGGACCAGCGCCUGGGCCAGCAGCGGGCCGAGGACUUCCUCCGGAAACAGGGCGGCGAGCGGAGGCGGCGGCACCGGCACGGCCCCCCGGCCACGUAUGACAUGGAGACACGGAGGGAGGACAGGGAGCGCAGGCACCGGAGGAGGAAAGAAAACCAGGGCUCCGGGGUCCCUGUGUCGGGCCCCAACCUGUCGACCACCCGGCCGAUCCAGCAAGAUCUGGGCCGCCAAGACCCACCGCUGGCCGAGGACAUCGACAACAUGAAGAACAACAAGCUGGCCACCGCCGAGUCGGCCAGUCCCCACGACAGUCUCGGCCACUCUGGCCUGGCCCAGAGCCCAGCCAAGAUGGGGAACAGCACCCACCCCGGCCCCGCGCCGGCCCCACCUGCCACGGCCACCAAUCCCCAGAACACCACCAGCCGCCGCAUGCCCAACAACCCGGGGAACCCGUCCAACCCCGGCCCCCCGAAGACCCCCGAGAACAGCCUUAUCGUCACCAACCCCAGCAGCACCCAGACCAACUCAGCUAAGACUGCCAGGAAACCCGACCACACCACGGUGGACAUCCCCCCAGCCUGCCCGGCUCCCCUCAACCACACCGUUGUCCAAGUGAACAAAAACGCCAACCCAGACCCACUGCCAAAAAAGGAGGAAGAGAAGAAGGAGGAGGAGGAAGAUGACCCCGGGGAAGACGGCCCCAAGCCCAUGCCCCCCUACAGUUCCAUGUUUAUCCUCUCCACAACCAACCCCCUUCGCCGCCUGUGCCACUACAUCCUGAACCUGCGCUACUUUGAGAUGUGCAUCCUCAUGGUCAUUGCCAUGAGCAGCAUCGCCCUGGCAGCCGAGGACCCCGUGCAGCCUAAUGCACCCCGGAACAACGUCCUACGAUAUUUUGACUACGUUUUCACAGGUGUCUUUACCUUUGAGAUGGUGAUCAAGAUGAUCGACCUGGGGCUCGUCCUGCACCAGGGCGCCUACUUCCGUGACCUCUGGAACAUUCUCGACUUCAUAGUGGUCAGUGGGGCCUUGGUAGCCUUUGCCUUCACUGGCAACAGCAAAGGAAAGGACAUCAACACGAUUAAAUCCCUCCGAGUCCUCCGGGUGCUACGACCUCUUAAAACCAUCAAGCGGUUGCCAAAGCUCAAGGCCGUGUUUGACUGUGUGGUGAAUUCUCUCAAGAACGUCUUCAACAUCCUCAUUGUCUACAUGCUGUUCAUGUUCAUCUUUGCUGUGGUGGCCGUGCAGCUCUUCAAGGGGAAGUUCUUCCACUGCACUGAUGAGUCUAAGGAGUUUGAGAAAGACUGUCGUGGCAAGUACCUCCUCUAUGAGAAGAACGAGGUGAAGGCACGGGACCGAGAGUGGAGGAAGUACGAGUUCCAUUAUGACAACGUGCUGUGGGCUCUGCUGACCCUCUUCACCGUGUCCACGGGAGAAGGCUGGCCGCAGGUCCUCAAGCACUCUGUAGAUGCCACCUUUGAGAAUCAGGGUCCCAGCCCCGGGUACCGCAUGGAGAUGUCCAUCUUCUACGUCGUCUACUUUGUCGUGUUCCCCUUCUUCUUCGUCAAUAUCUUUGUGGCCUUGAUCAUCAUCACCUUCCAGGAGCAGGGGGACAAGAUGAUGGAGGAAUACAGCCUGGAGAAAAAUGAGAGGGCCUGCAUCGACUUCGCCAUCAGCGCCAAACCUCUGACCCGACACAUGCCCCAGAACAAGCAGAGCUUCCAGUACCGCAUGUGGCAGUUCGUGGUGUCUCCGCCUUUCGAGUACACCAUCAUGGCCAUGAUCGCCCUCAACACCAUCGUGCUCAUGAUGAAGUUCUAUGGGGCCUCGCUUGCUUAUGAAAAUGCUCUGAGAGUGUUCAACAUCGUCUUCACCUCCCUCUUCUCUCUGGAAUGUCUUCUGAAAGUCAUGGCUUUUGGGAUUCUGAAUUAUUUCCGCGAUGCCUGGAACAUCUUCGACUUUGUGACUGUUCUGGGCAGCAUCACCGACAUCCUUGUGACUGAGUUUGGGAAUAACUUCAUCAACCUGAGCUUCCUCCGCCUCUUCCGAGCUGCUCGGCUCAUCAAACUCCUCCGUCAAGGUUACACCAUCCGAAUUCUUCUCUGGACCUUUGUGCAGUCGUUCAAGGCUCUGCCAUAUGUCUGUCUGCUGAUUGCCAUGCUUUUCUUCAUCUACGCCAUCAUCGGGAUGCAGGUGUUCGGCAACAUCGGCAUCGACGUGGAGGACGAGGACAGUGAUGAGGAUGAAUUCCAGAUCACUGAGCACAAUAACUUCCGGACCUUUUUCCAGGCCCUCAUGCUUCUCUUCCGGAGUGCCACCGGGGAGGCUUGGCACAACAUCAUGCUUUCCUGCCUCAGUGGGAAGCCAUGUGAUAAGAACUCCGGCAUCCUGACUCCUGAGUGUGGCAAUGAGUUUGCUUAUUUUUACUUCGUUUCCUUCAUCUUCCUCUGCUCGUUUUUGAUGCUGAACCUCUUUGUCGCUGUUAUCAUGGACAACUUUGAGUACCUCACUCGAGAUUCCUCCAUCCUGGGGCCCCACCACCUGGAUGAGUACGUGCGUGUCUGGGCUGAGUACGACCCCGCAGCAUGGGGCCGCAUGCCUUACCCGGACAUGUAUCAGAUGCUGAGACACAUGUCUCCGCCCCUGGGUCUGGGGAAGAAGUGUCCGGCCAGAGUGGCUUACAAGAGGCUCCUGCGGAUGGAUCUGCCCGUCGCCGAUGACAACACCGUCCAUUUCAAUUCUACCCUCAUGGCUCUAAUCCGCACAGCCCUGGACAUCAAGAUUGCCAAGGGAGGGGCCGACAAACAGCAGAUGGAUGCUGAGCUACGGAAAGAAAUGAUGGCCAUCUGGCCUAACCUGUCCCAGAAGACGCUGGACCUGCUGGUCACCCCUCACAAGUCCACGGACCUGACGGUGGGGAAGAUCUACGCAGCCAUGAUGAUCAUGGAGUACUACCGGCAGAGCAAGGCUAAAAAGCUACAGGCCAUGCGAGAGGAGCAGAACCGGACACCCCUCAUGUUCCAGCGCAUGGAGCCCCCAUCACCAACGCAGGAGGGGGGGCCUGGCCAGAACGCCCUUCCCUCCACCCAGCUGGACCCAGGAGGAGGCCUGAUGGCUCACGAAAGUGGCAUCAAGGAGAGCCCUUCCUGGGUGACCCAGCGAGCCCAAGAGAUGUUCCAGAAGACGGGCACAUGGAGCCCGGAGCGGGGGCCCCCUACUGACAUGCCCAACAGCCAGCCCAACUCUCAGUCUGUGGAGAUGCGAGAGAUGGGCCGGGAUGGCUACUCAGACAGCGAGCGCUACCUCCCCAUGGAAGGCCAGGCCAGGGCCACCUCCAUGCCGCGCCUCCCCGCGGAGAACCAGAGGAGAAGGGGCCGGCCACGUGGGAAUAACCUCAGUACCAUCUCAGACACCAGCCCCAUGAAGCGCUCAGCCUCCGUGCUGGGCCCUAAGGCCCGGCGGCUGGAUGACUACUCCCUAGAGAGGGUGCCGCCUGAGGAGAACCAGCGGCACCACCAGCGGCGCCGUGAGCGCAGCCACCGCGCCUCCGAGCGCUCCCUGGGCCGAUACACAGACGUGGACACAGGCUUGGGGACAGACCUAAGCAUGACCACCCAGUCCGGGGACCUGCCACCGAAGGAGCGGGACCAGGAGCGGGGCCGGCCCAAGGACCGGAAGCACCGGCAGCACCAUCACCACCACCACCACCACCACCCCCCACCCCCUGACAAGGAGCGCUAUGCCCAAGAGAGGCAGGACCACCGAGCCCGGACCCGGGACCAGCGCUGGUCCCGCUCCCCUAGCGAGGGCCGAGAGCACAUGGCACACCGGCAGGUGGGUGUGGCAGGAGUUGCCCCAGACCCAAACAUGGGGGACCCUGAGGCGGGGGGCACAUCCCACAGCCCUCUGGGCAGGGUCUUCACUCCCCACUGUGACCUCUGA